UCAAAAAUGAGCUCUGUCUCAAAUCUUACUCAAGUAACCAUAUCAACAAUGAAGAUACUUUGCAUUUUUCUGACCUUUGUCUUCACUGUAUCUUGUGGUCUAUCAGUUCCACAGCAAGCUGCAAACAACGUUGCAGCGAGAAAAAGAGAAUGUCGUCUUGUUCGUGGCGCUUGCAAGCCUGAAUGCAACAGCUGGGAGUACACAUUUACUCAAUGCGACGUUGGGCCCUGCUGUGUGGUACGGGAAUACAAUAGGCCAGUUGCUAUAAAACCAACUCAGACAACUGCAAAUACUAAUUCUAAAACACUACCUAACACUACACUGUAA